CGUCGUACACACGACAUGAGCUCGAUUAGUGUGCGUGCGGGCUGCGCCGCGCUCGCUUGCUAUUGAUGUAAACAUUGACUGUUGUCAUUUUGUUUCAGUGCGUUUCCAAGAUCGUAUGGGAUUCUUAUUGGAUGCAUAAAAAAAUGUGAACAGCUGUCACCCUACAAUCAUAUAAGAAUUACAGUGCUCAUGUAACCCACACCCGCACAAUUUUGACGAAGUGUUCAUCUUUGUUUACAUAACAGUGUUUUUUUGUUGUUCCUACACCAAAGGAUUUCAUAGGAACCAAGCUCAAACUAUGUAGAUUUUUGUUUUAUUCAACAAAUUGAUGAGAACGUGAUUGACAAAUUUGAUUCUGAAUUUUAUCUAAAUUGCUGCUGCACUUCAUAAGGUACCAAAAUGCCCUCGUUACUAGAAGCUCUUGAGCGCAAAUACGGCGCCAAAGGCGAAGUGAACCCGUGCAUAGACAACCUGCCGGUCGCCAUCUUCGUUCCGAAGCGGUCACCGCGGCUCAGCGUGCCGACGCUGCUGGUGCUGAAUGACUGCGACAUCGACUGCGCGGGCGACGCCUGCGUGCUGGCUGACAAGUUCGCUGAUGUCGUUGAGCUGGAUAUAGCUAAUAAUAAGCUUACGGAAUGGUCGGAGGUCUUCGCAAUAUUAGAGCAGACACCGCGCGUGCGCUUCCUAAACCUGAGCUUCAACCGUCUCUCGGCACAAAUCCAGGCCGCGCAAGCUCUCAACCCUCGCUGGGACAGCCUCAGCAACCUCGUCCUGAACUCCACAUACGUCGGCUGGUCCAACGUGUACGCACUCCUCAAGGCUCUGCCAGCUCUCGAAGAACUGCACUUGAGCCUCAACGAGUACUCUUACGUGGAUCUAAGCGGCAAGGACGUUGACGAGAAGGACAGAUGCGAUGCCUGCUCACGCCUCAAAGCGCCAGACUCCUUCGAACCCGUGCACGAGGGCUUGAAGAAACUCCACUUUUCCGGAAACCCUAUUAACAGCUGGCGGGAAAUUUCGAAAUUGGGAUACGCUUUCCCGAAUUUGGAAACGCUGUUGGUCAAUGACUGUCCUGUUAAUACGUUGGAGCCGGAUCCUUGUGCGAAAUGCGGCGACGGCAAUGGAAAUAGAAAGAGUCAUGAUGCCUUCCCACGGCUCCGGUUCUUGAACCUGAACAACACGGGCCUCAGGACGUGGGAUGAAGUGGACAGGCUCGCGCAGUUUCCCUCGUUGAAAAGUUUGCGAGUACAGGGUUGGCCACUAUGGGAGCGCCUGGAAUCCACGGAGCACGAGCGGCGGCUGCUGCUGGUGGCGCGACUGCCUCGUGUCCGCACCCUGAACGGAGGAGGAGCGGUGCCCGAGGAGGAACGGGACUCCGCUGAGAGGGCCUUCAUUCGGUACUACAUGGAGAAGCCGGAAAGCGACCGCCCGGAUAGGUACUGGGAGCUGGUGGGCGUGCACGGCAAGCUGGACCCGCUGGUGUCCGUGGACCUGAGACCCGAGAAGCGGGUGCAGAUCACCUUUACCUGUGGAGAGAACAGCGAAGUUCGCACCGUUGACGUUUACAGAACUGUCGCUGACCUGAAGACUAGGCUGGAGCGAUUGGCCGGCUUUCCAGCGGCCAAAAUGAGACUCUUCUACGUCGAUCAAGAACUCAGAGAUUCUCAGUGCCAUCAGGGCCCGGAAGAGAUGAAGUACCCGACCAAGCAGCUCUACUCCUACAACAUCCGGUCGGGCGACGAGAUCAUCAUCGACUCGAAACUGAAGCACUCGAUCUCCGCCAACUCGACCGCGUGAAACGCCGUCGAGAACCCAUAGUUUACAGCGUUGACGUUAAGUAAAUACCAUAGACAAAAUUACUGUAUUAGAAGUCUAUUUCACUUGGAUUUAUAGUUAGAAUUUUGAAGAUGUCUGAUUUGUAGGUAAAGCUCUUGAGUAAUAUUCAGACACGUUAAUCAAUGCCAAUUAUUAAAUAUUAUAAACAAAAAACCAGGACAGUCGUACGGCCAAUAAGGUACCAGUUUUUGUGUCUAAUGUCUAUGGAAUUAUGUCAUUGGCGGAACGACUAGUGACACAUUUUUUUGCAGAUCCAUAUGGAAUAGACUAUAAACCCAAGUACUCCUGGUCCUGCUUUCAGUCCUGUAAAAAGAAAAAGCAGCUAUCUGCUAAAGUGAGAAAGAGAUAGAUAUAUCUACAUAAACAGUCUAGCAGAUAACCAUCUCCCGCUCUUUUAGGGCUGCAAGCAGGUGGGUACAAGGUUUUACACAGUUGAAAAAUAUAUCCUUAAUCGAUUUUGACAGCUAAAUGAUGGUGUUGACAGCAGAUGGCGUUAGUGGUUUUCCUUUAAUGGAAAGCGAUAAUCGCCUUCAACAAUUUUUUGCGUUGAACCUUCGUGGACUGACAUCUUCACACAAUUUUAAAAAUUAAAAAUCUACAUACACUGUGGCGCCGUGCAGCACCAUCUAGUUUACCUGUCAAAACAAUUGCUACUAUAAAUUGCUCUACUUGCUCCAGCUUUACAUGCACCAUUGCAUAACUAUAUGUAAAAAGUUGAUCAACGAAGGCAGUCUAACGGCAACCUAAUACAGAUUCGAAGUUCUUAGUAUUUCAACACCAAUAGCAAAGUAGCUUUAAGAGCUAAAGCAUAUUUUUAUAUGAAAUGGAAGUAGCUUGUAAAAGGACCUAAGUUUCAAAAACCGGCCCUAACUUAAAUGCCAUGUGGUAAUUGUUUUACUAGUGGAAUUCAAUGGCGUACGUGCCUACAGGGAGGCAGAGCGGACAAAACGCCACGGGCCCUAGUCUGAGAAGCCAUAAGCGCAGAAGGAUCCUAAUAAAAUCAGAUGAUUUGCUACAGACCUCUCAGUUGUUAAGCCACUGAGAAUAAAGCAUUAUUUUUAAGUGUUCUUUAGACUAACAAAUGUGUUGUGGAAUUAGUUUUUUUUUUACUUUUCGUAGAUUUUUUUGUCGGUACCUAAUUGUUAUUUACCAUCACACAAAUACUUAGCUGGACUUUAUAUAUUUAUCGUCACAAGUAGUUUUAGGUUUGAACUUAUAAAGUAAAAAGUACAUUAUUAUUAAUUUAAUUACAAAUUUGAUUUGUAUACAACAUAUCGGGUUAUAGCUACAAAAAGUAUACAUAUAUUCCAAUAUUUUAUGGAAAUAUGACUGUAUCGAAAUUAUAAAUGAACUUAUAUUUCUUAAAAAUUAAGUGAAGUUUAAUGUUUUACCUUUAUUGCGAUUAGCAACUGUGAUAUAAAUUAUAAAUUUAUUAACUUUGAAAAAAAUAAUUUACUUCUUGUGUUAUAUUAUUUUUAUGAAUUCUCGUAGGUAUAUCUCGACAUCUAACAUUUUUCAGUAACGCGUCUAAAUAAGUGUUUAACGAAACGUGAAGUGAUACUAACUGCCAUUUUAUGAGUGAUACCGUAUUGGUACAUUUAAAAGUAUAUUACGAUAAUCAAGUUCUACUUAAGAUAAUGUUCUUACAAAAUCAUUAGUAUUACACGAUUCUACUGACUGUAACGGUGAAGCCACUGCGGCGCACGCUACGCAUUAUCAACUUCUCACAAAAAAGGCCUUUCAUGAGGUCAAAUCAAAUCAUCUCAUUUUGAAAACCCCAUCUACCCGAAUAAUCGGGCUAAUCAAUCAAUCAAUAAUCAUUUAUUUCGAACAAAAGUCCAUAAUGUGUUAAUAAACUCUCGCAAUAUUUUUUGCAUUAGCAACCCCAUCUUGUGAAACGUGCGUAGGUAAUAGGUCGCUCCUGCAGUCCUGAGGCACAGAAUAACUAAUAGUACUACCGUACAGAAAAUUCACUUCUUCACAAAAGCCAGAUUUAGGUACAAAAUUAUACCUACACUCGCCGCCUGCAAGCAAAAUUGAAACUUAUAACCGCGCACGAACCGUGAAUCUUCUUUGCGCGACGCAGUUUUAUGACCGAGCUGCGAGUGUCGGCACGGGGUUGUCACUUGACAAGUUUUUGUACCUAUACCUACUGAUUUAUUAUUUUUAAGAUAAAUAUGUAGGAAUUACAAACGUAAACAUAGAAUUUUUAGCCGGAGAUAGUAUGUCUGAUUCUGACGGAAGUAGGUAUGCCACAGAAGUACUUAUUCCUUUGAAAACAUGUCGGACAAUUUAGUCCGGAAUUUAAAAAAAAAAAUUUCUGCUACCUUGUUCUUCCGUUUAUUCAGACAUCCAUAAACAGAACAUUAUCUUUUAUACAGAUUAGAUCGCGAUUUAGGUUUCGAAGCCAUUGCGUAUUUUCAAUUUUGCGCGAGCGGCAGCCCACUGCCAUACACCUGCCCGGGCGGUGCGCCGGCCAAAUAUACCUAAACUGCGCAGUGACACCCCCCUGCCUGAGGGUCUACCGCGAACAACGUUCGAUGUGUUGCCUCCCUCUCACACUUACGUAUGAAUUUACAAGUGCUACAGAGAGGCAACACGUCGAACGUGGUUCGCGGUAGGCUCUCUGGUGUAGGAGGAACGAUUCUCAUUUUAAAAUCAAUUCAAUUAAAAAACUUACGUAGCUUGCGCUGCAGUUGGCUGCACCUUGAAUUUGCAAUACAUUGUAUCUGCUAUUGGUUCAAGCAAAUAUAAAAAUUGUCAUGUGAUGUCUGGAGCUGCCAAAGACGUUAAAUGGUUAGAAUAUCUUCAAUGGAUGUAUACUAACUUGCAUGCACGACUGAAUCUUGCAUGGCAGCCUUAUUAAAGUGAUACAUGCAAUAACUUCGCUAAAUUCAUGUAUCUGAUAUCGUAAGAAGUAUAUUAAAUGGUCGUCUUGUAUAAUAGAAACAAUGGAAAAUAAAUAAAAUAAUUGUAA